AUGCCAUCAGGCGAAACUGAUCUCGAGCUUGAAGAGGGCCUGCAGUCCUUAUGGCUGCUCCUGUGCACGUUUCUGGUGGUCUCCAUGCAGCUCGGUUUCGCGAUGCUGGAGGUUGGUGGUGUCCGCGAGGCUCACAGGAUGACGGUUCUCGCCAAGAAUAUCAUGGAUUCCGUGGUGACAUGCCUUGUCUUUGCUGCGACUGUGCGUUUUUUGCAUCUGAGCCUUGUUCUUGGACCAGAUGGACACAUCCGGUUUGAGAAGGAGCUGUCCAACUGGGCCUUCAGUGCCACCUGUGCAACGAUUUGUUCUGGGUCAAUGGCAGAGCGAGCUCACAUGAUAGCAUACCUUGUCCAUGCCGGCGUGAUCGGUGUUGUGGUUUAUCCACUCCUUGCAGAGGGUGCCUGGGGCUACGACACCAACUUUUUCCUGUAUCGCGAACUGCACGGCCGUUUUCAGAAAAAUGUCGACUACCACGAUUGCGCUGGCAGUGGUGUCUACAGUGGCAUGGUCGCUGUUCGCGAAAUCGUGCGUCUGUUGGGCUUAGCUGGUGAUGUGGUCAGCAUACUGUCGAUUCUGCCUCUUCUUUCCGAGGUGAAGUUUGGCCACUUGAUCCCGGCUCGUGGAGCGGCUGGAAAGGAAAAGGCUGCCUCGGAAGAGCAAGGUGGUGCGGAGUGCGCCAGAACAACUCCCCCUGUUUGGGCAUUGUGCCUUCUCCUGGUGGCAGAGCUUUGCAGCGGGGCCGCCUUCCUCAAUCCAUCGGACAAGCAGGCUCGACGGGCAAUCGGCGAGGUUGUCCGUGCCCAGAAAAAUGCAGAAGCUGGAUUGGAGGAGACGGUGAACGGCAUUGUCAAACUCCUUGACAGCAAAGAUGUCCACGAGCUGGCCAAGCUCUUGGCAAGCGUGGGAGGGCUUGCCGGCACGCUGUGUAUUUCUGCCCUGAGUGGGGCCGGGGACGCCGGAGGCGUUGGCUUCGGAAUUCGGGCUGCCGCUGCGCCGCUUCGCACUUUGCUGACCGCUGAGCGAUUCUGGGGCCUUCUGGCUGUGACGGCUCUCUUCUUGCUGGGGAACUGGAUGCCGCUGACAACACUGGUGCGAAAGCCGGCAGUUUGGGCUGCUUGUGGGAACUUUGGCUCCCUUGUGCGCUCCCUGGCCUUCGCCGCCGCAGCAGGAGCGCAGGAUUCUGGGCCUCUCUCCACUUGGGCAAUGCUCAGCGCUGCCGCCUGUGUUGCCCGAAUCUCGCGGCUCAUCGUCCACGAACAACUAGCUCCGGCUGUUUGGAUAACCAGUUGGUGGUCCGGGUCGAGACUUAGUGUUGAUCCACUGGUGUUGACCACUUUGGGACUGGAAAGCUGGUGCCUGGCGGUACUCCUCCUCAUCUUGAUUAGGAGACCUCGAAAGAUGCUGCUCCUCGCUGCCAUGACGUACCCGUGCAUCGCCCUUGCUCAAGGACCCCCUGCCUCGCAGAACUUCGAGGCGUUCGUCGCCCCGGCCUUGCAACGUGGCCCCAUCGUCAUGGCUGUUGUAUCGGCGCUGCUCGUCUUCAUGGGUGGCUUUCCUACCAUGUUGUGCAGCCUCGUGCUCAUUCAGGCGUUGCUCUUCAUUCACGGGCUGGACAGCUCCAAGCUAUGA